AUGGCUCGCAGUACCGGACCUUCUAAAUCGGCCUCUUGGCUUUUGACGGCUAUGACAGUCCUUGGGUUUUUUGCCCAGACUGAGGCUGUUAUUACAGCUAUCGAGGGGCGAUAUCCCCAUGAAAUCUCCAUGGCUGCAAUUAUGCAACGGCAAGACAGCAGCAGUAGUAUCACCCCAUCUUCGACUAGCUCUAGCACAAGCUCCAGCUCCAGCUCCAGCUCCAGCUCCAGCUCAAGCUCAAGCUCAAGCUCAAGUUCCAGCUCUUCAUCGUCUUCCUCAUCCAGCUCGUCUUCCAGCUCAUCAAGCUUUAGCUCUUCCAGCUCCAGCUCUUCCAGCUCGUCUAGCUCCAGCACCAGCACCAGCACCAGCAUCCAGACGAUUUUCCCACAGCCAACUAUUAAUCCAGUUACUGCAGCAUCUGGUAUCCAAAUAGCUGGGCUCCGGGGUAGCACCAGUCUGACCUCCUCCGGUAGGAGAUACAUUAGGGGGUUGGGAAAGUCUCUCGAAGAGCGGCAGUUGUCUGUUUCUCGAUUUUGGAUUGGCGAGUCACUUCAAAGCGACGGCUCUAGCCGAUUUAUCCUCGUUGAUGAUGAAACCUCUGCUGCUACCUUCGACUUGACUCUCAAACAACUCAUUUCCGUUGACUCAGGAAAUUCUAUUACGUUUGCUUCGACUGCCGACAUUGCUGCCGGUCUGGGUCCUUGGGAAGCCAGCCCAGAUGCUGGAGAUAUCAGUGUCGAGUUCGUUAUUGAUAGUGGUACUGGUGCUGUCAUCUGGAGCCACCCUAUCUUCUCUAACAUGUUAAACUUCCAUCCUGCUCCCUGCUUCGUAUCCUCUGGCACUACUACUGCUGUCGACUGGAUUUAUAAUCCUUCAAAUGAGGGAGUCUGCUCGAGAUUCGUUCUCCAGGCGACUGGUGGUGACCUCCCGGCGGCAACGGCUACUCCUUUGCUCACUUCGAUUGUCCCAACUGGUCCGCAAACCUGGAUCGGAACUACGCCUAUGCCGCCAACCAGCUCAAGCUCUUCAUCCACAGACACUGAUACUGCCGGUCCAACCGAGACUGAAAGUGGUAUUACCACCUCCACAGUUAUCGAUACCGCCACCAUUACCAGCACUACUCAAACCACCUCACUGGUCACUGUCACCUCAUGCGAUAACUGGGGAUCUUGCGACCAAUGGACUUCGACUACCACCCAGACUAGCACGACUUUGUACACCAAACCAUGCACCACUGCGCUCCCGAUCCCAGUUCCAGUAUCUGAGGCUACUGCAGCUGGGUCUGCUUGGUUCUUGGCUAAGUGCAUGCUUUCGGCCUCGUUAGCUUCCGCCAUCGGGUUCGUUCUUACCACCGCGUGGUAA